AUGGACGCCCCCAGCUGCGGGACUGGGGGGGACAGUGCCCCCAGACGUCAGGGAGGGCGCAGUAAGGGCAGCCUGCCCUCCCCCGGCUACAGACUCUCGCAGGCGUCCCUGGAGGGCGACAAGGCUUCUCUGGUGGGGGACGGAGGGUCCGGGGGACGCGGCCGCCGCCUCUCCAUCCUGAGCUCCUCCGCCAGGGAUGGCCUCGCCUUCCGCACGGCGGGCACGCCGACCGCCCCCGUGCCCCUGCCGCCUCGCUCGGUGGGCUUCGCCACGUCCCGCGCCGCCCCGGCCUCCACGUCCUCGUCGGCGGGCAUGAUGGUGGUGGCCACGGGCCCCGAGAGCACCACCACCACCACGGCGGCGGGGACACCUGAGACGAUGCUGGGUGGGUUGGGCCUGGGGCUGGACGGGGAGGACUACAGCAGCUCCAACCAGAGCACCUUCAUCCAGAGGCAGUUUGGCGCCAUGCUGCAGCCCGGCGUCAACAAGUUCAGCCUCCGCAUGUUUGGCUCCCACAAAGCUGUGGCCCUGGAGCAGGAACGCCUCAAAUCAGCGGGUGCGUGGAUCAUACACCCCUACAGCGACUUCAGGUUCUACUGGGACCUGCUGAUGCUGAUGCUGAUGGUGGGCAACCUCAUCGUGCUGCCGGUGGGCAUCACCUUCUUCCGGGACGAGAACACGGCGUCCUGGAUCAUCUUCAACGUGCUCUCCGACACGCUCUUCAUGGUCGACCUGGUGCUCAACUUCCGCACCGGCAUCGUCAAGGAGGACAACACCGAGAUCCUGCUGGACCCCAGGGCCAUCCGCCACAAGUACCUGAAGACCUGGUUCCUGGUGGACUUUGUGUCGUCCAUCCCGGUGGACUACAUCUUCCUGAUGGUGGACAGCCUGGACUCGGAGGUCUACAGGACGGCCAGGGCGCUCCGCAUCGUGCGCUUCACGAAGAUCCUCAGCCUGCUGCGCCUGCUCCGCCUCUCCAGACUUAUACGAUACAUCCACCAGUGGGAGGAGAUCUUCCACAUGACCUACGACCUGGCCAGUGCCAUGGUGAGGAUCGUCAACCUGAUCGGGAUGAUGCUGCUGCUCUGCCACUGGGACGGCUGCCUGCAGUUCCUGGUCCCCAUGCUGCAGGACUUCCCCCCCGACUGCUGGGUGUCCAAGAACCUGAUGGUGAACGACACCUGGGGCAUUCAGUACUCCUACGCUCUGUUCAAAGCCAUGAGUCACAUGCUGUGCAUCGGCUACGGGGCCCAGGCUCCUGAGGGCAUGAACGACGUGUGGCUGACCAUGCUCAGCAUGAUCGUGGGCGCCACCUGCUACGCCAUGUUCAUCGGCCACGCCACCGCCCUCAUCCAGUCCCUGGACUCCUCCCGCCGCCAGUACCAGGAGAAGUACAAACAAGUAGAACAGUACAUGUCCUUCCACAAGCUUCCUGCGGACGUGCGACAAAAGAUCCACGAGUACUACGAGCAUCGCUUUCAGGGCAAAAUGUUUGAUGAGGAGAACAUCCUGGGAGAACUCAGUGAGCCGCUGAAAGAAGAGAUCGUCAGCUUUAACUGCCGUAGCUUAGUGGCUAACAUGCCGCUGUUUGCUAACGCCGACCCCAACUUUGUGACCGCCGUGCUCACCAAGCUGCGCUUUGAGGUCUUCCAGCCGGCAGACUUCAUCAUCAGAGAAGGAACAGUCGGCAGGAAGAUGUACUUCAUUCAACAUGGACGAGUCGGCGUGCUGACCAGAGGCAACAAGGAAACCAAGCUGAGCGACGGCUCUUAUUUUGGAGAAAUCUGUUUGCUGACUCGAGGGCGGAGGACAGCCAGUGUCCGUGCUGACACCUACUGCAGGUUGUACUCACUCAGUGUGGACAGCUUCAAUGAGGUGCUGGAGGAGCACCCCAUGAUGCGGCGGGCCUUUGAAACCGUCGCCGUGGACCGUUUGGACCGAAUAGGAAGGAAAAACUCAGUGCUCCUGAGGAAGUCAUCUCAAGGUGGUUCACUCGGGGGCAGUAUGGGCCGUGGAGGGGGUCGGGGUGCAGGAGGUCCAGGGGCAGGUGUAGGUCUGGCAGCAGGCAGUCUGGGUUCCUGUGACAGCUUACUGGUGCAGCAGAUUGUCAAACACGACAGCAUGCCGGCCAUGCAGGACGCCAUCGCAGCGGCCGCGGCAGGAAGAAGCACCGCCAUUGGAAGAAGUGGCACCAUGUCUCCCAGACCUCGUCCCCUCAUCUGGGCACCGCUGGUUCAUGCCCCCCUGCAGACAGCGGCUGCCACAAGUAACGUGGCCAUCGCCCUCAUGCACCAGCAGCAGCAGCUACAGCAAUUGCAGCAACAGCAUGCACUGGGGGGCACUUUCUUCCUGCCUUCUCCUCUUAUAUCACCGUCCCCCUCCUCCUCCUUCCCGCUCUCACCUCCUCGUGCCCCCAUCUUGCAACCCCUUCGCCCAUCAGUCAGCUCCCUCAUUGGAAUGAUGGCAAUGAGCGGGAUGGGAGGUUUGUCUCCAAGAGCAGGAUUCCCUGCCUCUCCUUCCACCAUCGGCCCACCAGGUGGGUUUAUCCCCCCACCAGGUGGGUUUAUCCCCCCACCUGUGGCCAAGACAACCCCCGCUCCGGCGUCUUCUAUGCCAACGUCUCUCCAACAAGGAAGGACUAUUCACUACAACCUGCGCCUCCAGGCUGAUCAUCUUCCAGCACUUGCUGGAUCUGUCACAACCCCAACAGGAGGAGGAACAUCAAACCCACUCUUAAACAAGAUGCAAACCUACAACCCCCCCGCUGCCCCAGGUGGCCCAGAUAGCAAUGCUCAUGUGAACUGCCAACAGGGAGCAAAAGAAGCACUUAUGCGGCAUGGCGGUAACAGCUGUCAGGGUCUACCAGCAUUGGGCAGGCUCACCCAGGAGGCCAGACUGAUGUCUGCCUCGCAGCCCACUUUGCCUCACCGCUCUUGGGCUGGCGUGCAACCUCAUCCCCCUCUCCACCGGAAGGCCUCAGGUGGAAAUUUGCUCACAGCUCCUUUCCUGGUGGGGCAGUUAGCCCGAGGUGGAAGUGCGGGAAUACUCACCUCUAAUCCUGCAGUGCCACCUGUAGGAAAUAUGGCCCAAAUACAGCAACAGGCCCCAGCCCCCAUUCAGCCUACUAUGUACACACAGUGCUUCCCUCAUGUUACCCCCAUGCCCACCUUCAUAGCUCCACAAAUGCCUUCGGCCCCUGCCACCCCCUCACCAGUGCCCACACCACCAUCUUCUAAUCCGAUGAACUCGCAGACUCCCCAACCAAAGCCACCGUCUCGCUCCUCAUCACCACCUUCUUGCUCCACCCCUCCCCUGACAGUAACAACCCCAUUGUCUUUGACACCGCGCCCCAAACCGUUCGCUACCCCUUCUCCUCGCUCAUCAUCCCCGUCGCCGUCCUCCACUCCUCCCCCCUCCUGUGUCUCAACUCCAGUUCCCUUACCUCAAACAUUUGGAGCCAAGUCCUCUCUGAGCUCCUCGCCUCCAUCUCCAGCGGUCUCCACUACACCCCCACAAAGCGCACAAGUUAAAGCUUCCAACACACUGCCCGCCGCAUCACCAUUGUCCGGGACCAGCCCUGCAACAACCCCAGUCCCGUCACCAACUCUCACACCCAGACAAACUCCCAUUGAGACAUUGGCCCCACCUUUUACGCCAACCUCCAACCCUUCCCUGAGCAAAUCCUCAAGUCCAACUUCUUGUCUUCAGCCUUCAGUCUUAAAUGCCGCCAGGACUCCAACCCCGAGCCAAAUCCCCAAACCUUCCCUCGCUCCUCCCCCUGCGAGCACAAACUCCCCCACCAAAGUCAGAUUCACCGUCCAUCCGGUAAAGCAAACCCUUACCCCGAGCACCACGUCCACGUUGAAUCGUCCCACAGCUGCCCUUACCCAUCCCUCCAAAACCAAUGCGCCCUCCUCCCUGGCUAAGCCCAUGCAGGCUUCUACCGUCGCGCAAGCCACACACACCGCCACCCCAGCUACCAACACCUCGCCAAAAGGGGCUAAAAGGGAACCUCAGCAGUCACGAGCCAGAAAAGACUCCGAAGGGUUGAGGCACCAACUGCCGGCUAACAUGUAAACAUACAAAAAUAAAAACAGCAGCAAGGAUGUAGCUUGUGCCGGCUGACCAUGACGGUACAAACAACCAUUCUCCUGUGGACAACUUCAUGGUGUUUGCAUCCACGCUAGGAUAAGAUUGUCGGAGUUUGUGUGACUCGACAUGCAUUGGCAUACCUGUCAAUGGUAUUUGGAGCGGCAAGGAAACAGAGGUAGAAACUUGACUCAAGGAGAGGUUAAAAAAACUUUGAUUACUUCUACUGGUUAAUCAAAAGAGCAAUACAUGUGAGACAUCUUCCAAUACUGUGCUAAAGUCUGAGGCCACUGCUGGAUUUGUUCUUUUAAUGCGCAGCAAUAGUCCACAGUAGGACACAAUGACAUUGGUCAGGAAUCCAGACUAUGUCCAUUUACGUCCAAAGAGAAGCGGCGUCCUGGUGAAUGUAUCGGUGCAUUCCAGGAUGCUGGGAAGUAAGAAACCCUCAAAAGCUUCAGCCCGCGUUUUAUUGGUCAAGCAGAAAUUCAAAAGACUGACCAUGGAAUUUGGUACACCUUAAAGGGGCUGAAAUGCACUCAUGUUAAAUUUGAGUUUGGCUCGUGGAAAAAUGUGGCCGCCAUCAAGCUUCCUUGCCGGGGCACAGGCAGGACUUGGCAAGUAAUUGUUCAUAAGUCCUUGACCAUUUUUCCAAUAUUUGUACAAGUUUGAGGAUUUUAGCUUUCAGACCACAACCCGUAGGUGACACAUCUACUGGUGGCUUAAUGAUUUGGCGACAGGUAACAAAAUUGAUAAUAAUUUGACUUAUUCGGGGCGUCUGGGAGAGAAAACUUCAGGUGUCAGUUUCAGGCACUACUCACUCGUUCCUUUCGCACCAUCAUUUUUCUGCCUGUUCCGCAACGAGGCAGUAAAAUCAACCUGGAAAUGUUCCGCAUUAUGAGGUAGCAUCAAAGGCGUAACAGAGGUGAGUUGAGUAUUCCGCAUUGACCAAGUUUAACAGCUGACGCUUAUUACUCCGCUGGUGCGGUGAGUGUUUGAUGCUUCAUGCUACCUGGCUCCUGUGUCAGAGGCUCAGCCCGAUCUUCUGUUUGCGGUCUGCUUUCUCUGCGUGAAAGGCGCUCCAGCUGGGACUCCCGUCUUGCUCGCCAAAUCAUCGUCACCAAAGUGUAACACGAGUAACAAUCGGACGCAUUGCAGACUGCAAAGUUGAUCCACUUGUGAAUAAGUAGAAGUACACGUAGGUACACACAAACUGCAGUUUUGUUUAGUCCCACCUGUGUGUGUUUUUGUGCGUGUGGUCUAGUUUUGAUUCUCACUGCUCUGCUGUGCACUGUGGCUUUCUAUCCUGCAUACACAGUGGGGACCCGUUUAGGUCGACAACACGUCCAUGUUGACCCACUCAUCAAGUCCUGAGUCACCGUGUUCUUAUUAUUACUUAAAAAUGCCCGCUCGAGUCGACGUUCAUGGUGGGUUAUUUUGCAUACC